AAGUAUGAACGAGCGAGGUGUGAGACGCGGAGCUGGGGCUCCGUUCUACGCUCCUCCACGAAGGAAAACCUCCGCUGAAAUCAUUAAUGAGGCAAGAGCUGCGAUUUUUGGAGACAUGAGCGGGACGACAAGCGAAGGCGGUAGCGUGGGCGGCGCGCUACGUCCGCUGCGAACACGACGCCCGUUCACACCCCGCGAACCGCAUCGGACACUGUUCACUGACAGAACGCGGAAGAAAGAUAACAGACCGCCGAGUUCGUUUGACCUCAAAUACCUCACCUUGUCGGAAACGAACGAAGAGGAAACCCAAAUGACAUUCACACAAAACGUUGAUGACUUGGAUGAAGACACCUUAAAUGGCUUACUUGGAGAAUCACAGAACGCACGCAAGAAAUCGAUGUUACGUAACCAGCCGAAAUCUGUACAAGAGCGUUCCGGCGAUGGAUGGAGUGGCUUCCCGAAGCUUCCACAUCUCACUGGGAAGAGCAAGCCAUUGCACAGACGUAACACUACCAGCCAAUCUUCCAUUGAAGAAUCUGAUUUAUCAUUUGCCAUUUCGGUGACGAGACCUUUGGGCGGCGCCGAUGGUGACGGUACAACUAAAAACCGAAUGGAAGUGAACACUAAAUCCCUCGGUCCCGACACCAAUACGCGUCCUAAGUUGAUCUCGACCAAGUCUUCCUCCCAGGACGGCGUCCCCGCCGGUGCUCUCGGUAAUAUUGCCGUCAAACAUUUAGCUGUCCAGAUGCCUACCACUUCUUCCGACAACUUCGACAAUAUGAGUCUCCUGGAGCUCUCCGAAGCGUUAUCCAAUCGCGGGUGUGGCACGAGUCGCACACUCGCUCUCAUUGAAGCGGUACAGAAACUGGUGGAUAUCAAUGUACCCGCAACUAGUCUACGGGAAUUAGUGCUGCGCUCACUGUAUACUCAUAUCGAUAGUGAAGAUGAACAGGUUCUUGUGGCGAUCGCUAGAGCUAUGCUCACGAUGCGUGUAACUGGAAGUCAUUUGGCGGCCGCAUGCAAAUUGGUCUUCAAGAUAGCGAAGAACGAUAAUAACGAUCACUUCUUUCACGACACUAAUUUACUCGAGCUGUGCGUUGAGGGGUGGGGUCGAGCGGAGCCGGUCCGCGAGGCGGAGUGCUGUGUGUACGGGGCGGGGGCGCUGCGGGUGCUCUCGCUGGUGCCGACGCUCGCGACGCGCGCUUUGCGGGCCGGAGCCCUACAUCUGGCUGCCCUACAUCUGAAGAUACUGAACAAUGCUAAAUCUGAGAGUCCACGGUCGUUGUCGGAACAAUCCACGCACGCGCUGUUCCAAGUGACGGGAGCGAUGCGUAACCUCGCGGCGGCCGACGAGCGCGAAUUCGUCCCGAGCGGUGCGCUCGCCGAACUGCUCGCCGCUCUGCUACUGCACACCGACAGAGAUGUGCUCACGAAUGUGGCUCGUUGUCUCAGCGUUCUGUCGGCCGAGUGUUCGUGCUGUGGCUGGCUGUGCUCCGCGCCGCACAGCGCCCGCGCGCUGCUGCGUGCGCUCGCCGCGUGCGCCGCGCGGCCGCCAUUGGCCGUGCGUCUCGCUUACACGCUCGGCAACAUGGCCGCCGCCGACGAACGUGCUAGAAUUAAUAUAUAUGACGAGGAAGGCAGUAUAGAUGUUCUACUUACGAUCUUGGAGUCGUACACGACGCGGCACCAAACAGACGUUAGAGAUUUCGAUGAUCCCGAUCUCCAUCUCGUUGAAACAGAUCUCUGUGGAUCGGACGGUUCAAACGAAGAUGUCCUCAUCAAAACCGUGCGUAUCAUAGCUAAUCUGUGCCUAACGGAGCGCGCCGGCCGCGGCUUGGCUACGACGUAUAUAGAGCGGAUCACGAAGGCACUACUCGCGUGUUUGAAACUGGCCGAAGAUAAACGACCCGACGCUGAAGACGACGAUAUAAAAGUACAUCAAGUCUUUGAGAAAUACGAGGAGCUAUCGACGGCAGCGUUGGCCACUCUCAACAAUAUCACCUUCUACAGCGAACCUCCCGACGCUCCUGAUCCUCUCUACAAUACGCUCGAGAACAUCUGUAAAGUGACGUGCGCGCGGCUGGGACGUGACGCGGCGUCCUCGUGCGAGGCGGUGCGCGCGCUCGGCAACUUGUCGCGGGACGCGCGCGCAGCACAGCUCAUCGUGCUGCACGGAGCCUUGGAGCUUUUGCCGCCGUACCUAAACCAUGAGGAGAGUAGCGUCCGUUGUGCGGCGGCGGGUGUUCUGGUCAACGUGUGCGGGUCGGGGGCGGAGGUGGCGCGGGCGGGGGUGGAAGCGGCGCGGGCGCUGCGGGUCGCGGCGCGCGUGCGUGACGUGCGCUCGGCCGCGCUGCUCGCACGCGCGCUGUGGAACGCGCACGCACACGCCCCGCUGCAAGCCGAGCACGCCUCGACCGCGGCGAUCGCGCUCAACAGUUUCCUAGAUGACGAGUCUAUGUUUGCAGCUUGUGAAGCGUCCAGGGCGGGUAACCGACGCGCCAGUGACCCUGCAAUCUUCAAACAUCACGUUAAGUUCGACACUGACAAUAACAACUACGAAAUGGACGAACGGGUGUACACGAAAUCGUUUUACCGAGCGAUUAGCGUUGAUCAAGACCUGCACCUGGAGGAGAGCGACGUGCUGUCAGGAGAAGACCUGGGCUUUGAAGAGGGAGAUCUAGAGGAAGAGUGCGAGUGCGAGCCGUGCCGGAGACUGGCCGCCUGGGAGGAGUUGGUCGGAGUGGCGGUGCCGCUUCUAGAGAAACUUAAACCGUCAAAGGCCGAUGCUUCCGUAGGAACCGAUUGAGCUUUGUAUUUAAUAAAAUUUUUAUCUGUGCGUAAUUGAUUUUUGUACACGAAAUUGCUAUUUUGUUAUGACAGUCCAUAGAUAAUAUUUUCCCGCCACCUCAUACGGCUAGAAAAUGAAUGAGGUUGGUUAAACGAAUGUUGGGCUGUGUCUGUGGGUUUAUUUACUCGCCGCAAGCCCUUCGUCCCAAGCGACGGGAUCGACGAGAACGAUGACCGACUAAUACCGGUGGCUUUUUCGCUUAAUAUGGUUUUUAAAAUACCCAAAAUAUUAGGCUGUACGGUAUUAUACUUUUGACUUUCCAGUUGGGAAAUAGAAUGACAUAUUUGACUGAUGUCAACAAAUGAAAUCGGAUCAAACAGUAACGGACUGUUUAAUUGUACUUAUUCUUAUUAUUAAAUCGA